AUGUACAUCAAGAAUAUCGAAGACCUCCAAAAAGAGCAAGUGCACCUGCUGAAGCUUUCAUUAACGCAGUUGCGCGCUUCAAGCAACGGCACUCGCAGCGUAUUCAGAGAGAUGGUGUCCCUACAAAAGGAUAUUGGCAAUGGUGACGCAAUGCAGAGGGAGAACGCAGCCCGGAAUAGGGAGAUUACGGAAUUAAUGGUCGAGCUGGCUGCUAAACAGGAGAGUGGUUGCUGUCCUGGAGAAGCAAGCUGCGUGCUUGGAGGGGUUGUUGGAAAAGCUGGGAUUUACAAUACCGACGACGGCUCCGUACGAUGGCAAGGAUGGAAGGGAUGGAUCUGGAUCUUGAUGUCCAAGGAGCUGGAGGUGAAGCUGCACCCGGGACUAGAGUAUGGGUAA